GCAAAUGUGCAGCCCGGGUUAGAAGCCUCACCUUCCCUUUCUGUUCUUCUUGUAAGAGCAUGCACUCGGGGGAGUGGGAGGGGGUACUGUGCUAUUUCGCUUCGUCUUGCCUCUAUCGACGCAGAGAGAGAGAGGGGAGAGGGAGAGAGAGAGAGAGAGAGAGUGUGUGUGUGUGUCGUAGGUAGAAAACCCCCAUUGGUGCUGCUUCGUCGGUAUUACCGUCCAUGGCGGACGCUGAUACUAAACCGAAGCAGGCCAAAAUAGUAAAGAAAGAGAAGGUUGAGGUGCAGGAGAAGAAAGUAGUCGCCAAUGGCGGGAAAAAGGAGGCUUUCUCCAAGACUGUUAAAGUGAAGAAAGAAGAGAGGACCACGUCUGGAACACUGAAUGAUGGCAAGGUGAAAAAGAAGUCGACAACUGUGGCGACGAAGAAGAAGAAGGAAGUUGCUCGGCAGAAGGUGAGCGAGAAUGGGAAGGACAGGCAGAAGGCAAAGAAGGUCUAUGACUUGCCCGGGCAGAAACAUGACCCACCCGAGGAGAGGGAUCCUUUGAGGAUAUUCUACGAGACUCUCCAUGAGCAAGUACCAACAAGCGAUAUGGCUGCAGUCUGGUUAAUGGAGAGAGGUUUGUUGCCAGAAGAUGUAGCUAAAAUGGUGUAUGAGAAAAAGCUAAAAAAGAAUAUGCAGCAGAAGGUUGGGACACCAGUCAAGACUGCUACAAUGAAGAAAUCAGUCAAGAGUGCUGUGAAGAAGAGUCCUGCUUCUAACCCCAGCAAGGCUUCAAAGACUGCACCGAAGUCAUCCAAGAGGCAAAAGCCAGAUACAUCUGACAGUGAUGAUGACUUUAUUGUGUCGAGAGUUGUCAAAAAAGCUAGAGCUUGUUAAAAUCUUCAUGUGUAGGUGCCAUUAAUUCUCUUUCCACUGAUCAUUUUUCCUGACAAAUUUGGUAUCUUUAAAUUUGACAGUUAAAAUUUAGAACACAUUUUCACUUAGUUUUAGUGCUUUAUUUGCUCCUCCCUUGGCCAUUUUUAUGUACAAAACCUGGAAGCAGCUGAUGAAAUUUGAUCAUAAUUCCAAACUUCCUUUUGGAUCUUUUACCAAUA